UAGUCAUAUGUGUAUGCCAGUGUGUCUGAAUUCUGCAACAAGACAGAAAAAAAAUUGAGGGACUUUUUUUUAAAAAAAGAGGUCAAGAUCUAAAGCGAGUGAAAAAGCAGCUGCGAUUUCUAAUGUAGAGACGGAGAUUGUUGACAGGACAGUGCUGGAGGGGCAGCUGCAGUACAGUGCUUGGUGAUGCAGGACGCAAAACUGGAUGAUUUCAUUUGUCAUCUUCGCAAAGAAAUGAAACAGCGAGGGUGCUGCCUUCUCCACAGGGAUCCCAGCUCUCCCGGUUAAAGGGGCCUCUUUGAGUUCUCCUCAGAGCUUUGCCGUCAGCGCCAGACGUGCCCGGGAACUGUCCAACGACAGCCAUCAGCGCCGCAACACUCGAGGGCUGGUUGGAGAAAGACCAGGUUCCAGGCUCAAACAUAAAUAUGAAGGAGGCAGGGGCUUGUCUUCGAGAUCAAAUGCAAUGCAUGAUGCAGGCAUUGCAGGACUUGAAGCAGAUUCACAACAUCAGCACCCUGAGCCUGAGGGAGGAGGAGGCAGCACCCUUGGCUCCUGUCAAGGGAAGGAACUCACAUAGUUUUACCUCCGAUGUCUCUGAAUCCGACACAUAUGACUCAGCUUGUUGCCUUGUAUCUCCGAGAAGUGAAGAAGAAGGCACCCCAUCAGUAUUUGCAUCACCCAGCAGUGACAGAAGCUUAGAGUUUGACUCUGGCUAUUCUGAAGCUUCUGGGCCCACAUUGACAAAAGCAGCACGAGUAGGAAGCUCACCGUGUUUGAGGGAGAAUAGACUUCCCACUGCUGGGAUCUUGAGAAAUAAAAUCGGCUUGGGACCGAACAAAAAAAUAAGACCUAAAUCUACUUCUGAUGUUUAUUCAGAACAGUGCUCCUGGAAGAUUUUUGAUUAUACAGAUCCAAAUGACUGGACAGUCAAUUUGCUCUCCCAAAGCAGGAAUAGACAGCCCCUUGUACUGGGGGAUAAUUGUUUUGCAGAUCUGGUGGAAAACUGGAUGGACCUUCCAGAGGAGACUGAUGAGAUGAUGGAAUCAAAGGCAAAGGAUCACUCCGGCAGAUGGUUGGGGAAGCCUCAUGAGUUCCUCCUGAACAUCUCUGGAAAUGUGAGGCGUAAGCUGGCCAACAUCUCGCGAUCUGACAGGUCAAAGAGUACAGAUCCAAAGCACCAAAGCAACAAUGACAACAGCCAUGCACACUUGCAAUCAAAGAGACUCUCUUGUCCGACAAAUCUGGGUAAUUACAUGCCAAAGCUCUCUUAUCUGCAUCGUUCUCACACUAACCUACCCCAGACGAAUGAAGCGUCAACAUCAGACUUUGAUAAAUUUAUUGCUUUGAUGAAAAGCAGAAGUAGGAAACCAAUUAUUUGCAAGGACACAAUUAGUUAUGUAUAGAAUAAACAAAAUGAACACUGACUCUUGUGCUUCCAACAUGAGGUGUAUAAUUAAUCUGACUUUUGUAUCACUUUUUGAUAUAAGCCAAAAUGUUUAUAGCCAUGUAGUUUGUGUACAUACAUUUUAUAUUUUAUACAGUGCCUGAAAAUAAACAAAUGAU